GGAGCCGCGCACGCCGAGGCCGCGCGUCCUCCCCGGGCGCAGCGCGGAGCUGGGCCGUCCCCCGGCUUCUGCAAGGAGGACAAUGAUAUUUUGUUUUCUAAGCAGAACAGUGCAACUAGCAAGUACAUCCAGUCUACCAGGAAGACUACUCUGUUCAGCUCGCACGAAUAAGCCAGUAUUGACUCUGUUCACCAAGAAACCUUGCCCUCUUUGUGAUGAAGCAAAAGAAGUGCUUGAGCCAUAUAAGAGAAGGUUUAUUUUGCAGGAGGUGGAUAUUACCCUUCCGGAGAACUCAUCAUGGUAUAAUAAAUACAAAUAUGACAUACCUGUUUUUCAUUUGAAUGGGAAGUUCUUAAUGAAGCAUCAAGUAGACAUUCAGAAGUUUGAGGACCAGCUUACGAAGCUGGAGAUGCAUAAUGAUGGAAACCAUUGAAGAAAAUAUGGUUGUUCCAAUUGGGUUCUGAAACAACUGUGCAAAAUAAAUGGUAUGAAGAAAUAGUA